UAUAAUGAGAUAAGGAGAGGGAGUGGACAUACAGGAGAGAAGAGAAGCUGCUCUAUCUCCAUUUUUGAUUAGAAAGUAGAAUUAAAAUAUACUGUGGAUAUGUCACAUUGCCAUCUGAGGAUUCCAUAGCCGAAGAUAACUUUGAUGUUACAACAGCUGGAAAUUGAAGGAGGGAUCAUGCAUUCAGGUGUGUGGCUGAGGUUGAUGACACUGACGGCUCUGACAGUUCUCAUGGCAGCUCAAAGACCUGAGGUUUUCACUUUGAUGGUUCAUCAUGGUCGGAUCUUGACCGCGUUGAACUCCUCAGUCUCUCUGGCUUGUGAACUCUCACCUCUCUUCAAUGCUGAGCCAUUGGAGGUGCGCUGGUACCGGUCCGGUGACUUCGACAAACCUGCCUUAUUGUACAAAGAUCACAAGAUCCAGGAGGCCCCUGUGGACCCCCGGUACAGGGGCAGGGUGUCUCUAACUGGGGGGCUGGAGAGAGGGAACGUGUCCCUGACACUGGAGAGGGUCACACUGGAAGACGGGGGGGAGUAUGUGUGCCGUAUCAGCAACGCACAGUGGUAUGAAAAGGCCAGUGUCUUCCUCACCGUAAAGGUACUAGGUGGUACCCCGGUGGUCUCUGUUGCUGAAGCAAGAGGAGGAGGUGGUCGGGUGAACGUUACCUGUUCAUCAGAGGGCUGGUCACCAUAUCCUACACUCACCUGGAGAAACAAAGAGGGGACAGAGAUCAGAAAUGGACGAGAAGUACUGAACACUCCAGAUCCUCAGGGCUUGGUGAGAAUCAGUAGUUGGAUGCUGUAUGCUCCCUCAGACACCGAUUGGCUCUCCUGUACAGUCUCUCUGUCUGAGGAGGAGAAGAAGGAGAGUAGAAUCCUGCCUAGAGCUCCAACGGAGGGACAUUGGGGUCUUGAAGCCUUCAUCACGACUCUGAUUAUUUUACUGCUUGUUGUCUCUACUGUUAUUGGGCUCUUCAUCUGGAUCAAAAAAACUGGGUUUGUCAGAGUCUCAACAUUGAAGAAAAUGGCAAAUGGAAACGAUAAAACAGAGUCGACUGAGAGGCCUGAAGAAGAAACAGCUCUUGUCGGAGAUUGUGGUACGCAAACUGCCAAUGAAACAACUACACAGUGUGUCCCGAAAGAAUGGGGUGAAGUAAAAAGAUUCAAAGUGGACAUCACUCUGGACCCAAAGCCUGGUCAUCCGUAUCUACACGUGUCUCCAAAUCGAAAGAAGGUCUACUCUAAGACAUCAAAAGAACCUAAUGUUUCCACAGCCCCUCAUGUCCUAAGUGAGGACAAACUCAGCUCCGGACAGAUAUACUGGGAAGUGGUGGUAGCAGCAACAGAGGCAGGUGCUGUCCUCUGCCAGGAAGUCUUGAACAGGUGUGGGCAAUCGGGGUGUGGCAGCUUGUAGCGCCGUGAGGCUGUUGUCGUUUGGUGGCCAUGUGGGCUUUCGGUUUGGUUUUAAAUCUUCCGUUUUUGAGAUGACAUUUUUCUGUCAUUUUUCUAUACACAAAUAUUUGUUGAUCACUGUGGCGACACAUCAUUCAGGGCAGGUGGAGCAUUUUUACAAACAAUGUAAAAAAAAUGUUUCAAUGAGUUAAUAAAGCUGCAUACAAACAUGCAUACAAUCUCUGUAUUGAUUUCUUGAGUAAGGCAGCUCCAAAAUGCAGAUGUUUCAGCCUAGCUCAGUGCUUUCUGCGGUGGUGGGGCAGCCGGUAGACAAUACGGAGCUUAAGGGUUGGUAGUGUUCUCUAGUUGCGCCGUGAUUGGCUCAGUGUUCUGUCACUCAUGGGGAUGCUACAUCACCGCAAAAUCUACAGGGAGAAAUUUGAAAAUUCAAGCCCCUUGGAUGCUGCCAUAGACUUACAUUAGAUGUGCCCAUCCAAGAAGGCUCAAGGUCAUUGGCCAAAUCACAUUAUAUCUACCGUAGCUAUUGGACUGAUUUUAUCAACAUCAUACUUUCACAAUCUUAGCGAGCAAACUAGACAAGCGGUCAUCCUCAUGAAUCAAGUCGACAAUCUACUGGGAAAUACUUUUCAAUCCUUGUCAUAUGAAGAUAAAUUAUAGGUAAAACGUAUCGGUGCUCAUUGGCCAUUGGACAUAAACAUUACACAAAAAGUUGUAAAUCGGAAAUUUAACAAUGAGUGCUGAGGUGCCACUGCAGCUUUGGGCUCAAUCCCAGGCUGUGUCACAGCCGGCCGUGACUGGCCCAGCGUCAUCCGGGUUAGGGGAAGGUUUGGCCGGCCGGGAUUUCCUUGUCUCAUCAUACUCUUGUGUUUCCUCCAACACAUUGGUGCGGCUGGCUUCCGGGUUACGCGAGCAGUAUGUCAAGAAGCAGUGUGUCUUGGCUCUCAACCUACGCCGAGUCCGCAGGGGAGAUUUAGCGAUGAGACAAGAUCAUACUGUAACUUCUGAUGUGAAUGUCACAUCCUUCUUCAGUCUUUUCUUCAGACCUUCAAACCGUUUCUUGGCGAUUCUAUAGUUGUCUUGGAGUGCUGGCAUUUCUCGUUUCCAUGACAACUUCACGAGAUAUCGUUGAAGGUGGUUGUUUUCUCGAACCUCUGUAGAGCCUCGUUUUCAUCUGGGUUCUGUUUUCUUGCUUAUAAUACCCAGAGACUCAAGCUCCCAGAAUGCAUGCAGUUGUUUGGAGACUCGUGUGUCUUCAUCAAGUGGGAUGAACAUGCAUGUUGCCUCGGCGACACUUGACAUGGACACUGGUUCCUGCACCGAACAUCCAAAGGUGCUCUCUAAAGCAACCGGCGUCUCCGUCAGUCACUUCACUCUGCCUGAUUGUCACGUUCUGACCAUAGUUCUGUUAUUUUAUUCUUUGUUUUAGUGUGGUCAGGGCGUGAGUUGGGGUGGGCAGUCUAUGUUUGUUUUUCUAUGUUGGUUUUUAUGUUCGGCCUAGUAUGGUUCUCAAUCAGAGGCAGGUGUCGUUAGUUGUCUCUGAUUGAGAAUCAUACUUAGAUAGCCUGGGUUUCACUUUUAGUUUGUGGGUGUUUGUUUCCGUCUGUGUGUUUGGGCCACACGGUACUGUUUCGGUUUUGUAAAUUCACUUUAUUGUUUUGAUUCAGUGUUCAGUGCUUUCUUUAAUUAAAAUCAUCAUGAACACUUACCACGCUGUGCUUUGGUCCGAUACUUACUCCUCCUCAGCCAAAGAGGACGAUAUCCGUUACACUGAUACUAUCUGCCAGUAGUAGUCUGCUCCUAUCAGGACAGAGUGUUCAGGAUAAUUGUCAUCUCCUGGAAAGUCUGCGAGCUGCAGUCCCUUUCUGUUGAGCUCAUGUUGAAUCUGUUCACCAGGAACCUUCAUCACAGCUGUGCACACUUGUGGGGUUUCAAUUGCCUCUAUCUCUAUUCUCUGCUGUUUGUCCCAGACAUUCUCCAAGAUGACUUUCACUGUGUUGCGUUGGGACGUUGCUGGAGCAGAGAAGCCAAACGUGUGAAGAGUAAGUGCCUCUUGUCUGAUUACUGGUAGCUUCAAGCCCUUCACAAGGUUUUCAUGUACGAAGCUUCUCUGACUGCCUCCAUCUAGUAAGCAAAGAGCUAUCUUCCUGCCCGAUGGGCCUUCUACCCAUGCCUUUGCCAUUUGUAGCAACAGUGUUCUGUCCAUCUGGUUUAAUCUUCAAUGAAUGGGGAAAAACUGAGGAAACAGCAUCUAUAGAAACAGUAGGGGUUGCACCUCACUCCUCUUACCAGUACACACAGCAAUGUGAUGUCUGCUUCCACUUGACACAUCUUUGACUUUACAGAAUUUUGCUGUGUUUCUGUCCUAAACAUACAAAACAUCUUCCCAUUUUCUUUAGUUUUUCUCUUUGCGGUCAGGGCAGUUUUCUGAUUUGUGGUCUGCACUGUCACAGAAUAGACCGUUUUUGUUCCUUCUGGCUGGCUUUUUGUUUUCAUUUCAUUGGAGGAGCAUGACUUGUUCCAUGGUUUGCUCUAUUUCUGUUGGUUCCAUGAUCGUGUCAUUUGUAGUGCUCUUUCCCUGCUCUGAACCUCCUCUAGGAAACUGACGAUCUCAGACACUUUCUAUUCAUCAUCUACUCCCCUCUAACGACUAUAGUCAAGAGCUAUGUGCUCUGGAAUCAUCUGCAGUAAGAUUGGGCAUAGUAGGCUUCCAUAGGUUUCUGACACUACACCCAGUGAUUCCAAGCUCCUAAUCUGAAUUUCACAUUCAUCAAUGCAUUUAGGUCAGAGGAUUUCUUCACAGGAGUGAGAUUCAGCAGCUUUGACAUGUGAGCACUAAUCUGUCUGCUAACAUCAAUCCUGCUACUGCCUUUGAAGCUGGUCCAGUGAGAUAUGUUUUCAGAUAGGUAAACCUCUCUUUAUUACACAGUGAAUCAUUGUUGUGAAUAGCGGUCUCAUACUGGCUCCAAAACUCCUACCACAAAUUGACAUCUCCAUAGAAUUUCUCAAUAAUCAACUUUGGUAGCCUUACUGAUUGUCUCUGUGAUCUGUUUUAGUUAGAGUCACUCACCAGUGCUGGUAGUGGAUUGAGGUCCUGUUUUUUGUAAUCCUCCGUGCAUUCAUCCUCCGCCUCCAAUCCAUCCAAUGGCGUUAACUGUUCAAGUUCAAACAAGCUGUCCUGCUUAGCUGAUAGCAAUUCCAACAAUGUACUCAAGUGAUCGGUCUCCGAAUUUGACUGGGUUAUUUCCACGUCAAUCUGAUUCAAAAUCCGUUUUGUGGCACCUCGAAUGGUACCCCGCUUUCGUGUCAUUCUUUCUGCUUCAUGCCGACGUUCCUGCUCAGCCAUUUCAGCCGCUUCAUCCCUACGAUCUUCAUCGCAGCUCAUACUUUUCCUGGAUUUCGACGCCAAAAUAUAGUAGUAAUGACUCGGGAUGUCGGGUUUGAAAUGAAAGCUUAUUUUAGUAAUACUACUUGUUCACCUUACAUUGAACAACUUUAGAUUCUACAAAACAAUAAAAGAAAGUUGCUAGCGAAAGUCAGGAUAGUCACUUGAACAUAACUGGCGAGUUCUCUCUCUACUUCGUGUCGCAAGGCAUUCUGGAACUUGCAGUCAAAAGCGUGAUCCAAUACUAACCAAUAAAACAAAAAUAUGUAUGUAGUUCUCUCGAUCUCCAAAACACAAAUUCUAAUACAAUUACAGAUGUAAAUAACUGUAAAGAAAAUAUAUUUAGAUACAGCUCAAUGAAUUAACUGUAAACAAUAACUCUGUAACCCAUUAAAGUUACAACAGCAUGCAUCAAAACAUUAUUUUUGUUUGCCCCACCAAGAUGAAUAUGCCAAAACCGCCUCUGGUUGAUCACCAUUUUGAACAUCAAUAACUUGCUUGAGCUGGUUGACCAAAGAGUCAAGACAGAGCUGGCCCUGAACUCUGUAAGCUUGCCUCUCCUGGGGCACACGCAUUCAACACCCUGUCCAUACAUUAAACUGUAUGCUUACUCCUCACAAUGCACACAUUAAAUCAGGUCACAAACUCUUUAGCUCGGCCUAGUACCCCUAGACUUAGCGAGUGUAGCAAAAUCAGUAGGCUAGCUAGGUGGUUACGUGACAAAAGCUAAAAACAUGCUACAACAAUGGACAAUUUUACUGAAUAUAAAACAGGUACACUGUCUAUAUAAGCCAAUUAUAACUGAAUUAUAAGACUUACUGUAUAUUUAAAUAUAAAACCACAGUUGAAUACAUGAAAUUCUACAGUGUUGGUGAGUUCACACAAAGUUUUUUUUUUUUUAGGAACAGCCGGGUUGUGGCGUGCCUAAUACAUGAUACCUUGCUGGUUAAACAGUUUGAAACAAAGUAAUAACUUUUUGGGAAAGUUUCCUCUCAAAACCUCUACAAGUCAGAAUGUUGAAUAAAAUUACAUUUGAACUAAA